AUGCUGACCUCUCCAGUGCUCGGGGCUGGCCCAGACACAGCCGUCCCACUGCAGCUGUGCCCGGAUUGGGAGGAGUUGGGUUCAGCUGAUGGUUUACCCAAGCUGGAUGACAGCCUGACCAACCUUCACUGGCUACAUCGCUUUGCUCUCCAGGAUACUGAGUGCCAAUCCUCAGCUGUGCCACACAAGCCCAGGUCUGUCGUAGCAGCAACACCAGCCUCACUGGCAAUUUCUCCUGAUCCUGAUAAACCCACCCUGACUGGCACACCCUUAUCAUCAGAAACCCGUGAGGACAUCAACUAUACCAGUGACCCUUACGCCAAGCCCCCGUAUUCCUACGCUGCUCUGAUCUGCCUCGCUAUGAAAUCCAGUAACCAGAGCAAGGUGACACUGUCCACCAUCUACUCCUGGAUCAAACACAACUUCUGCUACUACAGGCACGCUGACCCAAGCUGGCAGAAUUCAAUCAGACACAACCUGUCCCUGAAUAAAUGCUUCCAGAAGGUUCCACGGGGAAAGGACGAGCCUGGUAAAGGAGGGUUCUGGAAGAUUAAUGCUCAGUUUGAGGAACAGUUGGUGGCUAGUAUCUUAAGGCGACACAUUCUGCCCCCAAACCUAUACCAGCUGCUUCAGCCGAGCGGGCAUUCCCUCUCACCAUCGCUGGCUUCUCACCCUGAAACCUCCAGCACUGCCCCACCGCUACAGGUGCCUUUGGAAUCGGUUCAGUUCCUUGCUGAGUUUGAGGAGAUUUCUGCGGGACACUGCGGCUGGAAUCCAUCCUUGUUUGAAGUGAGAGCGGCUGAGAAGGAGGCAGGGCCGGAGGUCGCAGUGUCUGGGCUGAGUCCUGUCACCAGCUCCCCGCUCCUGACACAGGAGGAGGAGGAGGAAAUUGGCUCUCUGACAGGAGAUCUCGAUUGGGAGGUGAUGCUCAAGUCCACCCUUGAUCAGGAAUGUACAGCAGCUGGUGUCCUGGAGACUCUGAGUCCAGCCACCCCUCUUCCAGGGGAGUUCAGCCACCCUCUCAAUAACAAACCCAUGGAGUUUGGGCCUGAUAACUGGUCCCUCUGCUCUGAUCCUUCCCUGACCCCAGGCAGGGAGACUCUCGAGGUACCCUUGCAGAAACAUCCCUGGGACGAGGGGCGAAUGGGGAUGGACCCACUCACCCAAUCUUACAAUGAACUCCACAAAUGGGAAACCAUUGGGUCGUUCCAAGAGGCAAUGAGAGACUCAUUAUCCAACAACCCAACAUUGUAA